AUGCUGCAAACCCCUCUUUUCACACAGAUACUCUACGUGACCGAGUUCCCAAAGAAGGCCGCCUCUCAACUGCAUAUACUAAGAGGUCCUGUGAGCUGGCUGUUUGUGAUAACCUGCUGUGCUGUGCAGGCUGGUUUCUGUGGCUGGUUUGUUCAUCAAGGGCCCUCACUGUCUGAACAUGUGGCAAAUAUGACAAUAGACUUUGUGAGGGCCUUCCUCUCAUGUCCAGUAUUACCCUCCAUCGGAUAUGCUUUGAUGCAAGGGUUCAAUACUAUAAUGGCCCUUAUAUCAUUCAUGUGCACCUUCAUGGCAGUGAAACCACUUCAUCAAUAUAACCUCGCCAGGGACAUCACCUUUUCCUCCCUGAUCUACUGUGUAAUUUGGGUGACCUUUAUUCCAAUCUACAUAGGCUUGACUGAAAAGACAAGGUCUAUUGUCCACAUUUCUUUCAGCCUGGCAAGCAACUUGGGACUGGUAGCAGCUUACUACUUCCCAAAAUGCUACCUGCUGUUGAGAAAACCUGAGCUCAAUACCUCAGAGCACUUCUGUACCUUCCUAGAGGGAGUCCCACCAACACCAUCUCAGGAAGAGCCCCAGACACAGCCAGAGGCAGCGCAAUAA